ACUUCCUCUCAUUAGAUAAGAUUAGGGGAAUAAAAGAAAGGGAAACGGUACUGAGGACACAUUACUGCCUCUCCCAUUCCUUCGUUACCUGUGUCAGUUAGGUUCCAUCUUCACCAUGUGCAAACUCUUCCUAUUACUAACGUUCAUGGGGUGCUUUCUCCCUCUGGUACUGACAAUCUGUGAACCGAGCUGUAAAGGGAAGGAUCCUGGUGACCACGUGGAAGAUCCCAAAAAUUGCACCAAAUAUUACAUUUGCAUGCCCGGCCAUAUUCCCACUCAGUCAUCUCUCCCAUGUGAUCCUGGUAACAUUUUUGAUCCAGAUUUAGGGAUUUGUUCACCUGGUAACACAUGCACAGCCAGCUGUGUUCCACCUGACUGCCACCUGACAUGCACUGAGCAAGUUGACCUCAUCUCUGAUCCCUAUGACUGCAGCGUGUAUUGGGUUUGUCUGGCAGGUCAAGUUGUUGGGGAUUCAAAACGCUGCGAGGCUGACGCACCGUAUUUCAAUGGCAAAUUUUGUGUGAACGAUAAAUCUCAGUGUUGCACUGAGCUAUGCAGACCUUACUGCUACGAGGGUGUGUACCAGGCACCUGACCCUACUAAUUGCACCGCGUUCUAUAUCUGCGAGGAAGAAGGAGUGCCCAGUGAAGACGUCCACUUUUCCUGUAAAGAUAAUGAAAUCUUUGAUAUCACUCUUGGCCGAUGUACUCCAGACGCGCAGUGCAGGCCGUUGUGUGAUGAUGGAACUGGUAACAUUGUGUCACCCGAACCUCCAGGAUCGUCCACCACAACCCCAUUAACCUCCACCACAACCACCACAAAUGUUUCAGGUGGAUGUAAGGACUCUAUGACUUGCCCUGGUGGUGGAUUUUAUGCACAAUGCACUACAUGUCAGUCUGGUUACUUUGUGUGUAAGGGAGUGGGGCAGCAGGGCAUCCUUGAAAUGUGUCCUGACGGUAAGGUCUUCAACACAAAUCCUAGCGCUCCUUUAUGUGUCCUCCCUGAACAGUGUCCCUAUUAUCCUUAACAUAGUUAUUGAUAUAGCGAAAAAAAAACCUCCCUAAAUCCAGCUACUCUUUUUUGUACAUUUUUUUUCCCUUGGUCUAAUGCAAUAAUAUAUUAGUAUCUUUCUUGAAGAUGAUUUAUUAAUAUGUCAUUUUCUUAGUCACCGUUAUGUCAGCAUUAGUUUUCCGUUUUUCCACUCACCAAAUGCCAAUUUUCUAUAGAAGGGCUUCUUAAUCUGGUGCUGAUAUAAUAAUAUAUGCGGUACCAUUGCAUAUUGAGUUAGUGUCAGUCACUAACUUAACAUUCUGUAAUAUUUUUUUUCAAGGAUACUUAGAUGAUCUAAUAACAUCCUUUUUACUACCAUAUUAUAUUGAGAUAGUGUCAAUCACUAAAUUAACAUUGCGUUCUAUGUCAGAUUACUGGGGCUUCGGGUAGAUAGUCUUAUAACUUAGGGGCUAUUAAAGAGAAAAGAGUGAAAAAGCCUGUAUCGUAAGUAUAUCAUAAUAAAUUGGUAAUCAUUCA